AUGAUCACACAGCCUUACACUUAUAUGCAGAAUAACAAGGAUCUGGUCUUUUUGCCUCGGGAUAUUUUCUGGUUGAUUCUAGCCUACUUGUCCCCCGCUGAUCUCGUCCGUUGUCGCCGUGUCUCUCGGUCAUGGAAUGAAGCGUUCAGCAACCCGGACAUCUUGGUCCCGCUUAUGAGAAAGCAUUUCUUUUGGACAGAAGAAGUCAAGAAAUUACCAACUAGUUUCAUUGACACAAAUGAUUAUGGGGUUCGCAGUCUCUUUGACCAAGUCGCAACCCGAUAUCACCAUCUGGAACACGGGAAGCCCCGCUCCAUACAAAAGUACCGCCUGUGUGACGACUUCGGUGGUGCAGGGGACCGCGAAUGGUACCAGGUGCAGCCGUGGGAGUCGCACGCAAGUCAUGUCAGGCAGACUGUGGAUCGCCUGUUCUCCGAGGCGCUGUGGACAUACGAGGACGGGUUGCUAGUCUACCCUAGUGCUCAUCACCAAUGUUUGGUCCUCAUGGACUUGAACAAUGAUCGGCAUUUUAUGGUUCCGUUUAUCGUACACGGCAGAGUUGUCCGUAGGGUGCGAUUACAGAAGCGGUUACUGGUUGUUGAAUGGGCAGAACCGAAAGCUUUCCACUGGCUCAAUGAUAGUGACGGCGUGCAUCGCCAUUUUGCUUCGUCGUUCGACCUAAAGCGCAACUCCGACAAUGGAUGGAGUAUCGUUCCGCGUAACCAGUGGAAGAUCAUGUUUCUAGGACAUCCACUCAGCGAACGAGAUCGAUUCUUCUCCGCGCACAGUGAUACCUAUUAUGUGACUUAUAUCUGGCAGCCCAACCGCAGCUUAUACACUGCCGACGAAGACGCCCCUAUCGAAUCACUGUUUGUAUGGGAUAUCUCCAAGCCAUCUUCAUAUCAGCCAUCAUUGGACCCUACUGGACGCCAGACAGGACCAGAAGUCGACCAGUCUCCAUUCAUCGUGGCUCGGUUUGGUUUUCGGGACCUUGAAUUUUUUGGUGUGCGCCAACGUGGAUGCCCAAGCAUCCAACGACUCGAAAUUACCGACGACGGCGAAUCUAUCAUUAUAACAGAGAAUUUCGACUCCCGUAUUAUAACGCUUGAUCCCUUCGAGCUAUCCCAGGUCAUAAUCACCAGCAUUCCAUUACAAGGCUAUGGUCCCCACUGGCGACAAGGAAGUAAUCUACUCUUGCCGCCCUACCGUGGUAACUGCAGUCUGCAAACACCACCUCUGAGCUCUAUGGAUCUGUUUGUCGACAGUUGCUACGGCAUCAUCACACAGGUAACAGAUCUGAAUGCCGGGCUCAGCUUCUGUUUGCAUUUUGAUCCAAUUCAGUGGGAUUCGGAUGGAAGAGAUAAUGAACAUAAGGACCAGACAAUCUAUUUGUCGAUUCAGACCAUAGAUUCAAGAGUAACCACCGAGAACCAGGAUUUCACAGGCCGAGGGAAGAUCAGUGGUUGUGAGAGGUAUUUGAUAGGCGAGAAUCGUAAUCGUGAACUAGUCAUCUAUAGAUUUGAUCGAUAA